AUGCGGACAGCAUUCAUGCGAGUUGCUAUCGGAUCUCGGUUGUGGGAACUGAAGCCGCGGAUCCACCCACGCUUGCGCAACAGAUCCAGCGUCCUAAAGUGCGUGGGGAACAGGAAACACGCGGCUUUCAAAGUGUUGAUGAGGCGAGGGUGUACCUCGGUCCCACGUUUUUACGGCUAUUACGAACGAAAGCAACGAGAAUUUGACCUUGUGCCGGGAGUUUAUAUCAAAUAUGUCGUGUGGAAGAAGGUGUCGAGGGAGUCGUUGACACAGCAGUAUUUCUGGAGCUUGGCACCCACUACGCGCGAGGAAAUGCGUGUAAGGGUUCGUGUCCGUGCUGCUUACGAUUCAAGGGAUGUUCUCCGUUGCGGAAUGGCGCCAGAGAUGUACGAGACUUCCAAGAUCAUUCUAUGA